AUGCGAUCGCUCAAGCAGUCGUUAGAUGCAGGUGGCCACUGCCUUCUGGAGAUGCCUACAGGGACAGGAAAGACAGUUUGUUUACUUUCCUUAAUUACAUCAUAUCAAUUCGCAAAUCCAUCGGCUGGAAAACUUGUCUACUGCACUCGUACAGUUCCAGAGAUGAAUCACGUGGUAGAGGAAUUGGGUACCGUGUUGGCAUAUCGCGCCGAGCAACUGGCUCUUGCCGAACAACAAAUUGGGGAUGUCGAGAUGGAGGAUAUUUCUGCUGAGAAUGGAGAGAGUGGACCGUCUGAGACGACUUCCGAUGGAGCGGCUAGGCCGAAGAAGAGACCAAAACGGAUAGUGGGGAAACCAAAACGAGGGCGGGAACAUACACUCGGUCCGAUUGCGACCUCAAAAGGGGCUGGUGGAAGUGGCGUCCUUGCAUUGUGUUUGUCGAGUCGUCGUAAUAUGUGCAUCCACGAACGCGUCAUGGCUGAAAGUGAUCGCGAAGCUGUCGAUGCCGCAUGUCGAAGUAUGACAGCAUCUUGGGUUGUCGAACAAGCCAAAAAUAAUCCAGGGACCAUGGAGACUUGCUCAUACUAUAACAACUUUCAAGAGGCUGGUGAAGCUACCACUAUGCCAAGUGGUGUUUAUGAUCUUGAGGAGUUGAAAAAAUGGGGACAAAAGCGAGGGUGGUGUCCAUACUAUCUCACCAGACAAGCAAUCAACCAUGCCAACAUUCUUGUCUUCAACUACCAAUACAUGCUUGAUCCAAAGGUUGCAAAGAUGGUUUCGAAAGAACUUGAGGCAGAGAGUAUCAUUGUAUUCGAUGAAGCUCACAAUAUUGAUAGUGUUUGUAUUGAAGCGUUGUCGGUUACAAUCAACGAUCGUGGGCUAGAGCAGGCUACGAGAUCACUUGGUCGGCUAUCAACUGAGGUGAAGAACAUAAAGAACUCUGAUAGCCAACGAUUGCAAGAGGAAUAUCAAAAUCUUGUCAACGGCCUAAUCGACCAAGGUCUUCUGGAUGCCCCGACAAAUGACCGCUCCUUGGCUAGUAAUGCAUUGGCUCCAGAUGUUUUGAAUGAAAGUGUACCAGGAAACAUUCGACGAGCAGAGCACUUCAUUCAAUUCAUGAAGAAGGUGGUGGAACACUUGAAAACCCGCCUUCGGUCUGUUGCAGGCCCCAAUGGCGGGGUCAAGAGUGAGACGCCACUAGCUUUCCUACAUCGUAUGACAAAUGGAACAUCUCUGGAAGCCAAACCAUUGAGAUUUGCAUUCUCGCGAUUGUCCUCGUUGUUGAGGACAUUGCAAGUGUCCAAUUUGGAUGACUUUAAUUCACUGACGGAUGUAGCCGAUUUUGCAACCUUGUUGGCAACUUACUCUGAAGGUGUUGCGAAAUUUGCGAUUAUCAUGGAACCAAACGGCUCAUCGGUGCCAGGAGCCUCAGACCCUGUCAUUCAGCUAUCAUGUUUGGAUUCCUCAUUGGCUAUUGCACCAUUAUUCAAGCGCUUUGGAAGCGUCGUGAUUACAUCGGGUACACUUUCUCCCAUUGAUUUGUAUCCAAAACUCCUUCAAUUCGAACCCUGUGUGUCGGAGUCAUUCAACAUGUCUACAUUCCGACCAUGUAUUCGACCGCUUGUGAUUACUCGAGGAUCUGAUCAACUUGCUGUUUCGACAAAGUUUGAAGAUCGUAACGAUCUUGGAGUUGUUCGGAACUAUGGCGCAAUGCUAGUGGAACUAUGCAGCGUCAUUCCAGACGGUGUGGUGGCUUUCUUUACUUCUUACAGUUACAUGGAAUCGCUAAUCAGCGAAUGGGAUGCAAUUGGAAUCUUGAGAGACUUGACCAAGGCAAAGCUGGUCUUCAUUGAGACUAAGGAUGUUGUGGAGACAACGCUGGCGUUAGACAACUAUCGCCGGGCUUGUGAUUGUGGAAGAGGCGCAGUGUUCUUGUCCGUUGCUCGUGGAAAGGUAUCGGAAGGAAUCAACUUUGAUCGGCACUAUGGUAGAGCUGUGGUGAUGUUUGGAGUGCCAUUCCAGUACACACUUAGUCAUGUGCUUCGGGCGCGACUCGAAUAUCUACAAACCCACUAUCAGAUUAGAGAGCAGGACUUUCUGAAUUUUGAUGCGCUCCGACAAGCUUCCCAAUGCGUUGGACGAGUCAUUCGAAGUAAGACCGAUUACGGUCUCAUGAUUUUUGCUGACAGUCGGUACAACCGACAUGAGAAAAGAUCCAAAUUACCCAAGUGGAUUCUACAAUUCCUUGGAGAAGAGUAUUUGAAUCUGAGUACAGAUAUGGCUAUCCAGCAUGUUCGAAAUUUUCUCAGAAUCAUGGGGCAGCCAAUUGAUCAGAAAGCCUUACAGAGUGUCCUUCUGACUGUCGAAGAAGCCAAUCUAAUGAACCCAGCAAUGCCGACCGUAUCCGAGGUCGCUGGCGAGGGAGGAGCGAUGAUUACCGAGACGUCCGGGUAA